AUGGCCACUACUACUUCUAAGGAUCAUACUAGUGAAACCACUCCCUCCCUCCUACCGGCCUAUGUCGAGGAAAUAACCAACAUCGAUACUUUUGUCACGACGAUACAAAAACUUUCUGACUGCAUUACUAAAGCGGUCUCUGACGGCAAGUCAGUCACCGCCGCAAAGAAGAGACUCAUCAACCUAGCUGCCGAGGAGAUCAGAAGGUGUGGGCAUAAACUGACAAGCAUCUCUACAGUGCUUGCCCCCGCCCCCCAGAGUAACAUGAACAGCGACUUGAAGGCUGACAUCGUCGCCUGUGUCAGGAGCGAGAUGGCCAAACUAAAGGGCCAAAUAACCACGCAGCUUCAACAGCAGGCACGGCCUGCCUCAUACGCCCAGGCCGCUGCGACCAGCAGUGGGCCGGGCUCUCUUCCCAGCGUGACCACUAUGCCACAAGCCCGCGGUACAUCUAACAACAAGCCGGCUAUCGUGGUGACCCCAAAGGUAACCCCCAAAUCACGACAGGAAGCAAUCGAGGCGUUUAAGAAGAGCAUAUCGUACCGCACAGCGAAUUAUGCACCAGCUAGGGUUCAGGCAGUGUCAAAUCACAAACUUAGAGUAGAAUUUGACACAACCGAACAACGUAACGACACCCUACAAAAGCUAAAAUCGUCUGAGCACGUAAGUGUUGAGCCAGCUAAGGGACUGCGGCCAAUGAUUAUACUAAAGGGUGGCUAUCAAAUUGCAUUGCUGUCGGAGCCAUAUGUUGGCUCAGGAAAUGAGGUGCGACCAACUCAGGGACUCAACAUACAUCAAUUUGGUGGAAAAGGUAGAGUUAAGGCGUGUAUACUCACUAAACCAGGCUGCGGUCAGGUGAUUGGUAUAUCACAAUACUCUAACUCAAAUCUUUGCGUUAUUCAAUUCACAAGUGGCGGUCAUAAAAUACUCAUAGCCUCCGCAUAUAUCGAACCGAAUUCAGACGAAAAUAACACAUUAGAGCAUAUAGAUAAUUUUCUCAAGAUCUCCCGAUGCCCAAAUACCAUCAUUGGCGGUGACUUUAAUGGAUGGCACCAUCUAUGGGGCAGUAAGACCAAUAACCCUAGAGGAUGUGCGGUAGUGGAGCUGGCACAUGCAAAUGAUCUCUUCGUUUGCAAUGUCGGUACCUCACCCACCUUUGAAACCGUCACACACGGCAGUGAUCGGACUUCUAUAAUAGACCUCACAUUGGCCCAUGGACACAUAUUUGACCGUGUAGUCGGGUGGAAGGUCAACCUCAACGCCUGCCCUUCAUCGCAGCAUAAUGCGGUGGAAUACGAGAUUGCGACUGAGAAUUCUUCCUUAAACUCCUCAUCGAUAACCAACUCCACGUUUAAGUACAACAGCAACAAGGCCAAUUGGGGAAUAUUCAAGGAUGCACUCCACACGCUUAUGACCAAUACAGAUAUAUUGGAGAGAGACAUCGGAUCGCUGAACACAGCUGGCUUGGAGAAAUUGAUUGAUGACAUCUGCGGGAUCAUUCAUAAAGCGUGUGAAGAAUCUAUGCCGACAAAGAAAGGCCGAUCCCUGACGAAGCAUCGCCCGUUAUGGUGGACGGAAAAACUGACAGACCUCAAAAAAGAAGUCAUCCAGUUACACCACAGACUAAACCGAAUGAGACGUCGGAAUCUGCCUCUAGACCAACUAGCAGAGGAAUUAAAUAAUAAAAAAGGCAAUAUAUGCGGAGGAACUGAGGGCGGAGACACUGCACCCAAGCGGCCACCAGCCACCAUAAAAAUUGGUGACAAUUACACCAGCAGCGAAACGGAGACGGCCCAAGCACUCCUGGAUCACUUUUACGGUGAUGAUACACCAGAUAAUGACACACACCAACACCAGUUUCUUAGAUCCAGAAUCGGGAAUGAGCCAGAUGGAGUAGAUGAACCCCCAUUCGCUGUCGAGGAGGUUUUGGAACAUCUCAAAUGGAUGAAUCCUAAGAAGGCACCCGGCAUUGAUGGUCUGACAUCUGACAUCUGCCUACAAUUUACUAUUAAUUACCCAGAACUUAUAACGGGAAUCAUGAACAGGUGUCUAGAGCUCCAUCACUUUCCUCAGCAGUGGAAGAGAGCCGAAGUUAAAAUCAUACCAAAGCCAAGCAAGACUGAUUAUAGCGAAUUAAGCUCCUUCCGCCCUAUAGGACUCUUGCCAGUCUUUGGAAAAUUGCUCGAAAAAUUAUACAUUAAGCGUCUCAUAUAUUACGCAACCAAAGCGGGACUACUCAACGGGCGACAGUUUGGCUUCAAGGAACAAACCAGCACGAUUACAGCUAUAGAUACGGCACUCAGUAUCGUAAAAGCGGCUAAGAAGAAUGGCAAACAGGUGCUGGGCGUUUCUUUAGACAUCCGCUCCGCAUUUGACAACGCGUGGUGGCCCGCACUAUUCGAGAGACUACGUGCUAUAAGAUGCCCCAAGCACAUCUUCCACUUAAUAGAGAGCUAUACGACGAACCGCACAGUUACAUUAGAAUACGCAGGAGCGCGGGUUACUAAGAACAACACCAAGGGCUGCAUACAAGGUUCAGCGUGUGGACCCAUUUUAUGGAACGUGAUACUGGACGAGUUGCUUGAGGCUGAACUUCCGAGUGGAUGUCAUUUGCAAGCCUUUGCGGAUGAUGUUUUACUUAUCGUCUCCGCAAAGGAUGUAAAUACCCUACAAACAAAUACCAAUCGCGCUCUGGAAAUCAUAUUGGAAUGGGGGCAAAGUGUCAAAUUGACAUUUGGACCCACUAAGACGCAAGCCAUUGCAUUCACGCGUAAGGCUGAAGAAGCACACCUUAUAAUGGGGAGACACACUUUAGCGUUUCAAAGGAGUAUUAAGUUCUUAGGCAUGAUCAUUGACCGAAAGCUUCUGUUCGCUGAUCAUGUUAAGUACGUUGUUGGGAAGGCUAUGCGAAUUUUCAACAAACUAUGCAUUUACACCCGACCAACCUGGGGAGCCCAUCCCGAUAACGUGCAAACCAUCUAUCGACAGGUCAUUGAGCCUACAAUUACAUACGCAGCAGGUAUCUGGGGUCAAGCGGCGAAAAAACGAUAUGUAAGGAAGCUCUUGGAGUCGGCCCAAAGGGGAUUUGCAAUAAAGGCAAUUAGGGCCUUUAGGACAGUCUCAACGGUGGCAGCGGUCGCUCUGGCUCAAUUUGUGCCCUUGGACCUCAGGGUCCUGGAGGUACAUGAAGUUGAGACAGUUCGACUGAAAGGGGCAACCAACUUAAUACCAAGGGAUAUACAAUAUGAGAGGCCCACACCUGUGCAUGAGUUAUUACAUCCGUCAAAAAGAAUAAGUAUUGAGUGUGCAGACCUGAAUUCGGAAAAUCUAGAACAGGAAACAGCGCCUAUUCGAAUCUAUACAGAUGGAAGCAAGCUCGAGAAUGGCGGUGUGGGAGCGGCUUUCGUCUGUUUCGAAGGUUCAAAAGUUAUAUAUAAAAAGAGGCUGAAACUACAUACUAGCUGCUCUGUGUUCCAAGCGGAACUCUUGGCGAUUAAAGAGGCUUGCGAGUGGACUUUGGACCGGAGAUUGAAGCAAGGAGACGAAAGACACCAAAGGGGCACAAGGAUGCACAUGGGCUGCAAGGAGGUUAUACAGAUCUUGAGUGAUUCUCAGGCGGCACUGAGAGCACUCCAAAAGAGAUCUAACACCCACCCCAUUGUGGCAAAGACUCAUGACACAAUAUAUACAGCUGCUCAAGUGGAUCUUAAUUUCAUAUUCUCAUGGGUUAAGGGCCAUGCGGGCGACGCAGGUAACGAAAUUGCUGAUGAGACAGCCAAAGGCGCUGCCACACAACACAAAACUCCUGACUACGCGAAGUUCCCUAUGAGCUUUGUAAAAAGGACUAUGAGGGAAAAAACUUGGAGAACUUGGCAGACAAGAUAUGAAAGCGCGGAACAAGGAGCGCGCACAAAAGAAUUACUCCCAAAAUUGACGGACAUUUGUGCACUAUGGAAAGCAACCAAAGUAUCAUUUCAAUUAACGCAGGCUUUAACAGGUCAUGGCUACCACAAGGAAUAUCUGCAUAGAUUCAAAAUCGCUGCCGAUCCAUUCUGCCCCUGUGACAAUACCACUACUCAAACGUUAACUCAUUUGUUGAGGGAGUGUCCUAGAUUUGAGUACAAUAGACUAAGACACGAGAUGCUUUGUAGCAAUCUACGUAUAUCAUCGUACUGUGUAACGGAACUUUCAAAUAAACAAAGUGCUAUUGAAUCCUUCGUUACAUUUAUUAAUUACAUCAUAGAUAAGCUUAAAGGAUUCAAUAAAUUGUAA